GCACGCGCACCCACAGGCCACAACCGUGUCAAUGGCCAUGGGCGACAACACGGACACCGCCCCUCUCCUGACAAGCCACAAGGCCAAGCCGGCGAAGCAGCCACCUUCCAUCGACGACUUGAUCGAGGCGUGCAUCGGGGACACCGGCGCCAUGCAGCUGCUCAAGGCCGUCUUCGUCGCCUUCGCCUGGGCCUUCGACGCGCAACAGGUGUUCAUCUCCGUGUUCACGGACGCCGAGCCGCGGUGGCACUGCGCCGGUUCAGCCGGCGGCAACUCCUCGUGCGCGCCAGCUGCGGCGGCCGCGCCGUGCGCGCUCCCGGGCGGCACCUGGGUGUGGGAUCGCCCGGCCAGGACAUCGGUGGUGUCGGAGUGGGCCCUCCAGUGCGCCGGUCCGGCGCUCGUCUCCCUCCCGGCGUCGUCGUUCUUCGCCGGCUGCCUGGCCGGCGGCUUCCUGCUCACGACGCUCGCGGACUCGCUCCUCGGGCGCAAGAAGAUGCUCCUCGUGUCCCUGGUGUCCAUGUCCGCCGCCGGCGUGCUCACCGCCUUCGCGCCGAACAUCUGGGCGUACGCCGCCCUACGGUUCGUUUCCGGGUUCGCCCGGUCCAUCGUGGGCACGUGCACGCUGGUCCUCUCCACGGAGCUCGUCGGGAGGCGGUGGCGCGACACGGUGAGCGUGGCGGCAUUCUUCUGCUAUUCCGUCGGGUUCCUGUCCCUCCCGGCGCUAGCCUUCGCGCUGCGCGAGGCGUCCUGGCGGAGCAUGUACUUCUGGACGUCCGCGCCUUGUCUCUGCUACGCCGCCCUGCUCUACUUCCUAGCUCAGGAGUCGCCGCGGUGGCUGCUGGUGCGCGGCCGGACGCAGGAGGCCGUCGAGACGCUGCGGCAGAUCGCCUCGCGCAACGGCAGCAGCACCAACACGACGAGCUUCUCUAUGCUGGACGCGUGCUCCAGCAUGAGUGACGAGAACGGUGGGGGCGUGUUCGACACGCUGCGGAUGAUGUCGGGGCGGCCAUGGGCGAUCCGGAGGCUGGCGGCGAUCAUGGUCGCCGGCUUCGGCGUGGGCAUGGUCUACUUCGGCAUGCCGCUCGGCGUCGGCAGCCUGGGCCCCAACCUCUACCUGAGCACCACCUACAACGCGCUGGCCGAGGUGCCCUCGGCUGUCCUCUCGUGGCUGCUCGUCGCCAGGGCCGGCCGGCGCGCCUCUGUGGUGGCGCUCGCCGCGUCGGCGGGCGCGUGCAGCCUCGCGUGCGCCGCCAUCCCGCGGGGAGCGGGGGCGGCGCGGAUGGCCGCCGAGCUGGCGUCCUUCUUCGCGACGUGCACGGCGUACGACCUCAUCCUGAUCUACUCCAUCGAGCUGUUCCCGACGUCCGUGCGCAACUCGGCAGUGGGGCUGGUGCGGCAGGCGAUGGUCCUGGGCGGAGUGGCGGCGCCCGUGCUCGUCGCGCUCGGCCGCGAGAGGAGCAUCUGGUCGUUUGGCGUGUUCGGGCUCGCCAUUGGCAGCGCCGGUGUCUUUGCUGCCUGCUUGCCGGAGACGAGGGGGAAGACCAUGUCGGACACCAUGCAGGAGGAGGAGCGCAACGAGGCGUCUUGCACCAGCACAAGUAUGCUUGUGGUUGUUUGACAGUACUGCAAUUUCUUGUAGUUGGAACUUUAUUGGUAUCUGUGGUGGCUUCGUGAA